AUGUAUCCUGCACACUCCAAUCCUCAGACUCCAUCAGUCCAGGUUUUCCUCUGCAUCACCAUCACCACCCUCUGGUCCCUUGAGGCAGUGACAGGUGGAUGUCAGACAGCCGCUGAGCUGGGAGUGGCAUUGGCUUGCUUUGUAUCUUACACACACCGGCAGAUCUCAGGAUUCCCAGGCUCAAGGAGGGGAAAGGAAAUAUUUUAUUGUGAAAUGCUUUAUUGGCUGGAAGAAGAAGAGAUGUCACAUAUGGAGUUAUCUCAGAGGCUUUCCACUGUCAUUACUCAUGUUGAUGAAAUCAUGCAGCAGGAUAUAAGACCGUUGCUAGCUGUGGAUAUCAUAGAACAACUUCACAAACAAUUUGCUACUUUGUCAGGAGGAAGAGGUAAGGAUGGAGCACCUAUAAUCACAUUCCCAGAAUAUCCCAGUUUCACAGAGAUUGCAGAUGAGGAUUUUCUGAAUGUUGUUACAUAUUUAACAAGUAUACCCAGUCUUGAGGCAGCCAGCAUUGGGUUCAUAAUUAUAAUAGACAGACGGAGAGACAAAUGGAGCUCGGUGAAAGCAUCUCUGACUCGCAUAGCAGGCGCCUUUCCUGGAAAUCUGCAACUCGUCUUUGUUUUGCGUCCGUCCAGAUUUAUCCAGAGGGCUAUUGCAGAUUUUGGAAUCAAAUUUUAUCGAGAUGAUUUUAAAAUGAAGGUACCGAUUGUCAUGCUAAACUCUCUGUCAGAUCUUCACGGAUACAUUGAAAAAAGCCAAUUAACUAGUGAGUUGGGAGGCUCCUUAGAAUACAACCACAGUCAGUGGAUUCAGCAUAGAACGGCGAUUGAAAGCUUUGCUCAAGUUGUGAAAAGAACAGCACAGAGCUUGCAGACUUUUGGAACAAGCCUUGCAGAGACUGAACUACCCAAUGAUGUGCUGUGCACAGAGGAAUUGCUCUUAUUACAUACGCAACAACAGAACAAACUUAAAGGUGAUCUAAAGUUAGCACUGCAGCAAGGCGCAACUCUGCUCAUGUGUAUAAAGGAGCCUGUGUCCAAAGAUCCAAAUUACAUACUGAACCAAGAUGAAGCAGAAAACAUGGCUACAGUGGAAAGGCUAUUGGCCCAGCUGAAUGAAACAGAAAAAGCAUUGGAUCAGUUUUGGAGUCGUCACCAUCUUAAGUUAGAACAGUGCUUACAGCUACGACACUUUGAACAUGAAUUUCGAGAGUUAAAGCUUGCAUUAGAUGCACUGAUGGAAACUCAAGCUGCAUUCAAGGAUGUUGGAGACAGCAUUUUCAGGGUAGAACAACUUCUCAAAGACCUAAAGAAGCUGGAAGAAAAGGCACAGGGGUGUUUGGAAAAAGCCCAGUUACAUGCUCUUCAUGGUGAUCAGUUAAUCCAGAAUAACCACUAUGCUGUGGAUUCCAUCAGACCAAAGUGUAUUGAACUUAGGAGAAUAUGUGAUGAUUUUACAAAUGAGACUAAGAAAAAGUAUGACAUCCUGGGAAAAUCCCUGGAAUUGCAGCAGCAAUUAGACAAGGCUAACAAGUGGUGUGAAGACGGGAUCUACUUAUUAGCUUCUCAAGCUGUGGACAAGUGCCAGUCACAGGAUGGGGCAGAAUCAGCUCUGCAGGACAUUGAUAAGUUUAUUGGAAGCUCAAAAGGAUAUGAGCUUUCCAAUCCGAUAGAUUUCUACAACAAGUAUGAUUCCAUUCUCUCUGAAGAAAUAAAGUCAAGCUUACAAAAAGUGCUACAGAAGUUGGCCAAUGUUCAAGAAAUGUUUGAUAAAAGACAAGCGAGUUUAAAGAAGCUUGCUGCAAAACAAACAAGGCCUGUCCAACCUGUGGCACCUCACCCAGAAUCCUCUCCAAAAAGAUCUCCAAAGACCACACGGCCAACUUCAUUAGCAACAACAACUCGAAGAGUAUCUGAUGUUCCAAGUACACCCCCCAAGUCUCUUUCUGAAGCAGAUCUUUCAAGAAGGAGGAAUAAUAAGAAACCCAAAGGAGGAAUUAAGAUUGAAGUGAUGCAUGAAGCCAGUCAGGGUGGGACAAGCCGAUCACUGGGGAUGAGUGAAAGCGAAGAGAAUCUUUCCUCAAGAAAAAGCCACAUAAUUAAUGAAUUAAUAGAAACUGAACGUGUUUAUGUGGAAGAGCUCCAAAGUAUUCUAGAGGGUUAUGCAUCAUCACUGGAAAAUCCUGAAAUGUCUCCUCUCAUUCCAGCAGCACUACAAAAUAAUAAAGACGUUUUGUUUGGAAAUCUUACAGAAAUCUAUGAUUUUCACAAACGGAUUUUUCUAAAAGAACUAGAAAAUUGUACCGAAAAUACAGAUUCACUAGGAAGGUGCUUCUUAAAAAGGAAAGAAGACCUUCAAGUUUAUGAAAAGUAUUGCCAAAAUAAGCCAAAGUCUGAGGCCCUAUGGAGACAGUGUGGAGAAAGCCUUUUCUUUCAGGAGUGUCAGCGUAAGCUGGAUCAUAAACUCUCUUUGGAUGCAUAUCUUCUAAAGCCAGUACAGAGGAUCACAAAAUACCAGUUGCUUUUAAAGGAAAUGCUGAAAUGCCGUAAGAAUUCUGAAGGAACAGCUGAAUUAGAAGAAGCACUUGCAACAGUAAUUAAUAUUAUAAAAUCAGUGAAUGAUUCAAUGCACCAAAUUGCUAUUACUGGAUAUGAGGGCGAUUUGAAUGAACUUGGCAAACUGCUCAUGCAGGGCUCUUUUAAUAUCUGGACUGACCAUAAGAAAGGUCACAGCAAGGUGAAAGAUCUGGCAAGAUUCAAACCCAUGCAGCGACAUCUUUUCCUGUAUGCCAAGACCCUGCUCUUCUGCAAAAAGAGAGAGGACAACAGUGAAGGACACGAAAAGUCACCCUCUUACAGUUUUAAACACUCUCUCAAGAUGAGUUCUGUUGGUAUUACUGAAAAUGUAAAGGGUGACAACAAGAAGUUUGAGGUUUGGUACAACGGCAGAGAAGAAGUUUACAUCAUACAGGCAUCAACAGUGGAAUUAAAAAAUCUUUGGGUUUCUGAGAUCAGAAAGGUACUUACAGGACAACUUGAAGCUUGCAGAGAAGCAAGCCAACUACACCAGCGAGUAACAGAAAGUGUCUAUCAUGCGCCAAUGAAAUUUUCCGGCAUUACCAGAUCUAACAAGACAUCUGUGAAUAGCCAGAACAAGCUUGAGUCAUCAAGUCUUCAUGCAUCCAAUAACAAAAACAGGAACUCUAGCCCACCUGGAAGACAAAAAAAAGAACCAGGGACUCAAGAGAAGGAAGUUACCCGGCGUUUUUCCUUAGCUUCUUCUAUGAGUACAACAUCUAUUAGAGUCCCUGCUCGUGCUAAAGGUCCACUGGGUCCUGAUGUGAGAACUAAGAGGCAUGAAAUAAAGAGUGACCCAACUCCCCUUGGGUUUGAAGGUUGGCCAAGACAUAUGAAUUCCCUAGAGACAUAUGAAGAUUUUUCAACAAUUCCUUCCAGCAACGAUGAGCUUUCAAAUUCUUCUGAUGUUGACGAAGAACCAAACAAUGCCAAAGAAGCCAGUUUAUUUCGUGUGGAAGGUUGUUUUGAAAGCUGUUUGCCCACAACUAUUACCCUGCAGUACGGUGAUCUAGUACAGCUCCAACAAGUUGGAGAAAAUGGACAAUGGUUAGUGAAAGAUCUUGCAUCAAAAAUAAAAACGUGGGUUCCUUCUAACCUGUUAGUUCCAGUAAAGGGAGCCAUAGAAAACACCUGCCAAGAAGAUAAUAUUACAGCUUACAGUGAUGCAUCUACAAGCAUGAAGGAGAAGCAAAAUGAGCGCACAAGAAUUUUGGUGGCUGAGCAGAAAGCCGUGAGUUGAAGUAUUUGAGACACUUUCUGUUCUGUAGUUGUUUGCUAAUUAACAGUCCAUGGAUGUGGCCUCAGACUUAAAGACAACAGGGAUGACUACAAACCAAUGCUGUUUCAAGAGACUGAAAUAUAGAAAAUGAUCUCGUCACUUCAUUCCAAGAAAGUGCUUCAACGUGUGAUUUCAUCAUCGGCCUAUAUUAGGUCUAUAUCAGAGCAACACAUAGACUCUGCACCUUCUUGCUAUAGAACUGCUCUGAAUAUUGUGAUCAUUUCCUAUUUACUUGACAGUGCUGCUAUAGAUGCUGGUCACAUUUAUACAGGAGGAACUAUUAAAGAAGCACCUUGCAUUAUUGCAAACACAUCUUGUCAUAACUGAACUUUCAAUUAAUAUGCCAUUCUAGUUCCCUGAUAAAUAUGGUGAAAGUGAAUUUGAGAAUUAACUUGUUUUUAAAUAAUACACUUGUUCAUCAGACAUACUACGAUGUGUUAUCAUAAAACUAAUUGUUCACCCAAUAGAUGCCAAAAUUCUGGUAAUUCAAAAUGAGAAAUGUAGUGCCAAUAUUUCUUCAUUUUAAUUUCAAUAUUUAAAGUUACAUAUGUUCUAGAAAAAGAGACAAUUGUAAGAAAAUAAACAGUAUGUCAUGUGAUAAGUAUUCAUAUCAUAAACACAAAUUUGUACUGAUGGAAAAAAUAAUUCCACUGUAAAUACAAUUAAUAAAAUGCCAUUUUGUGCAUGUUUCAUAUUACAACGCAGUAUACCAUCUUUCCCAGAGAAUAAUUCAGUAUACAGUGUUUCCACUGUAACAAGGUAUUCUGUGUAGUGGCAGCAAAAUAAGGUUCACACGGUAAAAGACAGUGCAAGUCAACCCAGAACCCUCAGCUGCCACAACAUCUCUUAUAAUAUGUCAAUAUGUAUGGAAGCUGAUCCAUUGACAGAAUUUGGGGCGUGUGUUUUUAGGUGGCUAAUAUUAUUAAUUUAAGACUACAAAAAGGAAUCUUAGAGCCAUCAAGUUUUUAAAAGACAAAUAGAUUGUUGAAUUCACAAACUCUGUUCAUUUUAAAAGAAAAUACAACCUCAAUGAAUGUUAAAUGAACUGAGGGUUUGCUAUUUACAAUGCUGCGUGUUUUCUAAAGUUUUUUCAUGAAAAUAUUUGUUCUAAAAGGCAAAGUUCUUAACUUGGUUUUGAAUAAUGUGUGGUUUAAAACUUUAUUUAAAAGCUGAACUGAUGUAAAUAUUUUAUUGUUGACUGUCUCAAGAAUUUUUUUUCACCUUAAUAAAUUAUAAAUUCUUCA